GCCAGUUCAGUUUGCUUUAACAGAGGAACGUGCGUGGUGUCAAAUGGAUUUGUCUGCCUUUGCCUGAACGGUUGGACUGGACAGAGGUGUGAAACAAGUAUCGAUGAGUGUGCUUCCAAUCCUUGUCAAAAUCGAGCUACGUGCAUCGACAAACAUUUGAGCUACAGAUGUAUUUGUGCUAAAGGAUAUACCGGAAUACUAUGCGAAACUGAAAUAGACGAGUGUUCGCCAAACCCUUGUAAAAACAGAGGAGUCUGUAACGACGGAAUUGGUUACUACACCUGUAUAUGUGCAAAGCACAGAGGGUUCACAGGAAAGAACUGCAACAGAGACAUAGACGAAUGCGACAACAAUCCUUGUAAUUCAGGAACAUGCACAAACACACGUGGGAGCUACAAAUGCAUUUGUCCUCCAGAAUGGGAAGGCAAUAAAUGCCAGAUAAGAAACUACUGCCAUGGGCAUGGAUGUUUAAACGGGGCCACUUGCCAAAAUGGAGAGGAUAAUUACACUUGUCAGUGUGUCGGGGGCAGCUCUGGAAUAUACUGUGAGACUGAUAUAGUGGAUGAAUGUUCAAGCAACCCAUGCGGCGAAGGGACUUGUCAAGAUCUUAUUGGACAUUACAGCUGUGUCUGUCCGUUUGACCCAGAGGGAGACAACUGCGAGGAUCUUGUCAACGACUGCUUCGACCAUCCUAUUGGUGUCGCCGAUCCAAACGUGAUCCUUGAUCAGCAGAUGACAGCGUCUUCCCAGUUGGUUGAAACUCAUCAGGCAUCUUUUGGUCGCUUAAAUGGGACAGGUUGGUGUGCGGAGAAUGCAAGCUCCACGGAAGUAGAAUGGCUUCAGAUUGAUUUCAACAGAACAAUCGAAGUUUUUGCUGUUGCAACUGAAGGUGUUGCCAAUGGCUGGGUGACGAAAUUCAGGCUGUUUUUCUCAAUUGAUGGAAAAGAGUGGACGUCUUACAAACAACAAAAUGGCUCUGCUAUGAAAUUUGACAGGGUGGGCAAAAAUGUCGCUGUUGACCAACACAAGCUCCCAACGUCAGUGUCUGCAAGGCAUGUUCGCUUUAUUCCAAAUUUACAACAUGACUGGAAUUGUCUUAAAGUAGAGGUUUAUGGCAUUGACGAUCCUUGUUAUUUCUAUGAGGAGAUACAACAAAGCGGACGACAUAGGGACUAUCAAGACUCCGUUGUCAAAUGUGACAGUGUUUAUUUACCUGCUAAAAAGACCUGGCGCCGCUUUGUAGGAGACAAAGGCACUCGAUUGCCAACAACUUGCGUUCCCGAAGGACACUGCAACGCAGACUCACCUGGCUGGUUAAAUGGAGAGCACCCAAACGUUACACAAGGUGUUGUUAGCAUGAAAGUGUGCUUCCAUAAAGAUGGCGACUGCUGUCAUUAUCAUCAGUUCAUUUCGGUCAAAAAUUGCGGUUCAUUUUAUUCUUACGGACUUGUCAAGCCACCAGCUUGUAAUCUUCGUUAUUGCACGGAUCAUUAAUAGCGUGUGAAACCCACCUCGUUUAGUUAGAUAUCUACUGUAGAUACACCUGGGUAUUUGUAUAGAAUUGCAACGAUUUAAUUUUAUUCUUGUCGUUAGAAACAACUUGAUCAUUAUGCAUCAAAUGUAUCUGUUGUCAUAUUGGGUCAGCUCGGGUAUUUCGUUCAGCUUUAGUUUUAUUCUUGUCGUUAGAAAUUCCGUAAGAUUUGCAUCUUCUUUAUCUGGUGUCAUUUUAGGUCAGCAAGAUUUAUGAACCUUAGCUAGCCUUGCAUUGGUCGCACGUGUGUUAAACGUACAACACUUUUCAUUUCUAAAGUAUGGAAUAAUUCUAUCCUUGAUAUCACGUCCCACUCUGUAGGUGUCUCUCAACUCCAUUUACAAACGAUCAGUCCUUUUGAAAUGUUUCAGACGCCAGUCAUUGAAGUAUAAUCCUUUUUCUCAUGAUAUCGUAACUUCCAAUGUGGAUCUUGACGUUUCGACCGCAUACUGCUAGAAUUCUUCUUUUUACCUCAAUGUUUUUCUAAGUGGCCCGAACAUUCACCUAGAUCCUCACUGACCCAUGAUUAUGCUACUGCAUCUUUGUAAUUUUUCUUUCAAAGAUCUAGGCGCUCCCAAGGAGGCAUGGGUUUGAAAUUGGGGUUGUUCGAUACGAGUUCAAAAGUAUGUGAACCAAAACGGAGAGGGAUGGCAUUCUUCACUUGCUUUUCAUAUUCUAUUCGGAAAAUUUAAAAGGUAGAAGAAAUUUUCGUCCUUAAAUUGGGUAAUUACCGGAGAUAGGAUUUUUGUUGAAUUUUUUGUCAAUUUAUUAGUCCAUUUGGGAAAAUGAAUCUGGCUCUAACAAUUCAGGCUUCUAACAACUCAAUUGAUUUAAUACCCAAAGAAGCU